CGCAGGUUGGACACGGGCUUCCCCGCUGAUUGGCUCAGGGGUUGACCAAUAACAGUGGGUGGAGCGGAGCCUCUAGCAGAUGUCUAGAGCCGGGAAGUUGUGUACGUCUUGUGUGUGCUGUCAGUGGGUAGCGGACCUCGCACAUACACCUCGCUCCCUCCGAGCUUUUUAAACAUGUUCUCUACUACCGGCCGUCUCUUACUCUUGUUACUGGCCGCUUGCCUGGCUGACAAUCCGCUCACCGUCUUCUCCAACCACUGGGCAGUGAGAAUCCCGGGGGGGCUCGAGGCGGCGGCAGAAGUGGCUGCACGUUACGGCUACCUGAACCUCGGCCAGAUUGGAAAUCUGGAGAAUUACUACCAUUUUUAUCACAGCAAGACCAUAAAACGUUCCACGUAUGCUAGCCGUGGCACGCACAACUUUCUCAGGAUGGAUCCAAAGGUUGAGUGGAUGCAGCAGCAGGAAGUGAAAAGAAGGGUUAAGAGGCAGGUGCCAACAGAUCCAAACCCUGUAAACUUUAAUGACCCCAUAUGGCCAAACAUGUGGUAUCUGCACUGUAGUGAUAAAAGCAGCCGGUGCAGGUCAGAAAUGAAUGUCAUGGCUGCCUGGCAAAGAGGCUACACAGGCAAAAAUGUUGUAGUUAGCAUCUUGGAUGAUGGGGUAGAGAAGAACCACCCGGAUCUCAUACAAAAUUACGAUCCUCAUGCGAGCCAUGAUGUUAAUGGAGAUGAUCAGGACCCAAGUCCACGCUACGAUUUCAGCAAUGAAAACAAACAUGGUACUCGCUGUGCUGGGGAAGUAGCAGCAUCAGCCAAUAACUCACACUGCAUUGUUGGCAUUGCAUACAAUGCCAGGAUAGGAGGAAUCCGCAUGCUUGAUGGUGAUGUAACAGAUGUUGUGGAGGCAAAGUCACUGGGCAUCCGACCAGACUACAUUGACAUUUAUAGUUCAAGCUGGGGCCCUGACGAUGAUGGCAAGACUGUGGAUGGCCCCGGACCUCUGGCCAGAAAAGCAUUUGAGGAUGGCAUUAAGAAGGGCCGAAAAGGACUGGGCUCCAUCUUUGUGUGGGCAUCUGGCAAUGGAGGUAGAGAAGGAGACUACUGUUCCUGUGAUGGAUAUACCAACAGCAUUUUUACGAUUUCCGUAAGCAGUACAACAGAAAAUGGGUAUAAACCGUGGUACUUGGAGGAAUGUCCAUCAACUCUAGCAACAACAUACAGCAGUGGAGCCUUCUAUGAGAGGAAGAUUGUCACCACGGACCUGAGACAGGGCUGUACAGAUGACCACACAGGCACUUCUGUUUCUGCACCAAUGGUAGCUGGUGUCAUCGCUUUAGCACUGGAAGCCAACCCAACGCUCAACUGGCGGGAUGUUCAGCACUUGCUUGUGAAAACUUCACGCUCUGUCCAUCUCCGUGCCCCUGACUGGAGAACAAAUGGAGCUGGGCGCAAAGUCAGCCAUCUGUAUGGCUUUGGUUUGGUGGAUGCCGAUGCUAUGGUGGUGGAAGCCAAAAAGUGGAGAACAGUCCCUCCUCAACACGUCUGUAUAGGUGCAUCUGACAGGCGGCCCAGGUUUAUCCAAGCUGAUCAGCUGAUCCAUACUACCACUCAAACCAGCGCUUGUGUAGACAACGCCGGUCACUGUGUGGCAUAUCUAGAGCAUGUAGUUGUCAGGGUCACCAUAUCUCAUCCACGGAGAGGGGACCUGCAGAUCUACCUCACUUCUCCCUCAGGAACAAAGUCACAACUCCUGGCUAAAAGAACAUUUGAUUCCUCAAAUGAAGGCUUCAAAAACUGGGAGUUCAUGACUGUGCAUUGUUGGGGUGAAAAAGCAGAAGGGGAAUGGACUUUGGAAAUUCAUGAUUCCUCAUCGCAGCUGCGCAAUCCACAAAUACAAGGGAAGUUGAAAGAAUGGACUUUGAUACUUUAUGGGACAUCUGAACACCCAUACAAUCAGACUGGUGCACAGCACUCAAGAACAAGAAUGUUGGAUAUUUCUGCCACUGACUUGGAACCAUCAAAAUCUACUGUGAUCCAGAGUCACCUGGAAUUCAUAGAGGAAGAGUAUUCAGGUCCCUGCCACCUGGAGUGUGGUGACAGGGGGUGUGAUGGACCAUCCGCUGAGCAGUGUCUUAACUGUGUUCACUAUAGCAUUGGAAGUGUCAAAGCUGGCAGGAGGUGUGUCCGUUCCUGUCCCUCUGGCUUCAUGGUGGAUGUGGCUGAACGGAGAUGCCGGCGAUGUUUUAGAGGAUGUGAAGCAUGUUAUGGACGAGGACACAACCAGUGUAGUUCCUGUAAGCGAGGUUUCUACCUCCAGCUGGAUAGUAGCUCCUGUGCCUUCUCCUGCCCACUAGGGACUUAUGCAGAUGAAAAUCUAAAGAAAUGCAUCAGAUGUCAACAAAACUGUAUGAAAUGUGUUGGGCGCUCAGAUAAAUGCACCUUUUGCAAGAAUGGGUUCAGUCUCUCAGGAUCCCUGUGCGUGCCAGAAUGUGAGCAAGGGACUUUCUACAAUACAGGUGUAAUGAAAUGUGAAAAGUGCCACGCAUCGUGCCUUAAAUGCAUGGGGUCUGGAAAGGAGCAGUGCACACAAUGUGCAAGAGAUUUUCACUUACACAAGUGGCAAUGUGUCCCUGCCUGCAGCCCAGGCUUCUAUUCCGAAGAUGUUCCAGGGUUGUCCCACAAGCUCUGCAGACGGUGUGUGGAUAACUGCCUUAGUUGCGAGGCAAGUGGAAGGAACUGUGUGCGAUGCAGAGAAGGCUUUAGUCUCCUCAGUGGAUCUUGCGUCUCUAAUAACACCUGUAACAAUGCUGACGAGAUGUUCUGUGAGAUGGUGAAGCCCAGCAAACUCUGCGAGCGGAAGCUCUUCAUUCAGUUUUGCUGUAGGACUUGUCUCCUAACAGGAUGACUCCACCCACCAUGACUGCUGGCAGCUUUCUACUUUGGGUGGCUGGUCUCAACAUUUGAAGAGCCCAGAAUGUACAACAUGCCCACUCUAUUUACAAUGGUGCAAAGCUUGACUGAACGUGUAGGCGCCAGAUGCAUCUCUGGUGAUGAAAGAACUCCAUUUUAUUUUACGUUUCUGUUAUGUCACCUAUUUGCUUUUAUCAGCGCCAUUGUCUCCUAAAAUAUGUCAAAGACCAACUUGGAGUGAUUUCAUUCUAGAGAAAGUAUCAGAAUAUAAUGUCAUCUCACCUACUCCCUCUAGAACCCACUGCAUUGGCCACUUUGCUGUCAUCUCAUGAUGGAUAUCUAUGGUCAGUCAUUUUAUUUCAACGCUAGUGGUUAAAGAACACCUGAAGGGAACUGAAGGGAACCCAUUCCACUGGGAACUUGGAAAGCCUUGAAUAUUUUCCUAUACGGGAGCUUGGGGCAGUCCUAGAUAUAUUAACAUGCGGCCAAAUGCUUCCAGGGGUUAGUCACAAAAACGACCAAUCUUUUUAAUGGGGCUGAAUAUAUCACAUUAGAAGGUCUGAAUGCAGUGCCUAUAUACAGUACAUAGUUGAAACACACUUUUUAUUUAAGAAAAUGCACAAUAAUGCACACUUCACCUAUUGCACAUAGUCCAUUCUAAAGUCAGAGUGUUUUAAAGCACAUGUCUCUUCUCCAGAAUGGAUAGAAAAUCGUAAAAGAAAUCACACUUUGGAGAUUUAAAUGCCGUCACUUUUUAUCAUGUUAUCACGCCAUAGCCAAUGGAAAGCACUCUGGGAUUUAAGAUUAAUUGCUGGAAUAUUUUCUUAUGCAGGAGCAUAGGGUAAUCCUAGAUGCUUUCAGGGGUUAAUCACAUAAACUACUUUAUACUUGGACCAUUCUCUUUAAGAGGGCUGAUCACAUUAAAUCAAAAAACCAGAAAGCAGCUCGUAUGCAGCACAAAAUGUAAACGUAUUGCUACAUUUCAUUUACUAUUUCAAUGUGAAAAGUAGCCAUUAACCAACCUGAUUUAUUUAUAGCACUUGUUUUAGAAAACGUACAGUGAUGCACACAUCACCUAUCACACAAACUAAAUUCUAAAGUCGUGGGGGUUUUUUAAAACAGAUAUCACUUCUCCAUAUAGGAAAGAAAGUUUUAGAAAGUGACAGCAUUUAAGUAUUCAAAUGUGAUUUCUUUUAUCAUGUCUGCCAAGCCUUUGCCAAUAGGAAGCAUGCUAGGAUCCAAAAAUCCAUUUAUUCUUUUAAAGGGAUCUUGUUUAAUUGUACCUGAAGGAACUGGAACUGGAGCACACUCACACACACUAACAAUCGCUCACACACACUCACUCCAUUAGACUGUUUUAGUUGAAAAUUUUCCCCUUAAAAAGGGCCCUUUAUACAACAUCUGUUGAAGUACAUAAGAAAAUCAAUUCAUACUUAACCCGAUUUUGUUUUCCUGUACUGGAACAUGGCAGCGGGCACACAAUGGGUUAUUUUCCCCGCCACGUGGUUGGACAGGAAUUCCUCUAUAAAAAAACGUACUUCUGCCCCUGGCUGCCAUCUUUGACCUACUGGAGUCUCCCCCAAAACAGGGUGGGAAGCUGUGCCCACUGCCAUGUACCAGUCCAGGAAAAGAAAAUCUCGGUAAGAAUGAUUUGAUUUUCUUAUUUCCUGUUCCUUCCACUUGGCAGUAGGCAUACAAUGGGACAUACAAAAGCUCAACACGAAGUUCAGGGAGGGAAAAUUUUAAUUAUUAGGUAAGGCAGAUUGCAGAACAGCUGAGCCAAAAGCUGAGCACUUUUUUAUGAAAACAUCAAAUUUGUAAUGCUUCACAAAGGUGUGAAGAGAGGACCAAACGGCCGCCUUGCAGAUGUUUUCUGCUGAGGCCCUGGACUGGAAUGCCAAGGAUGCUGCCAAGGCCAUAGUUGAGUGUGCUUUUACCUUGAGGGUACUGAGUCAAACUGACCCUCGUAAGCUAAAUGUAUGCACUGCUUUAUCCAGUUGGCAAUGGUAGACUUUGAGGGCUGAGUUCCAGCUCUGUUUCCUGAGGAGGUCACCAAGAGGGAGUAUGAUUUUCUGAUGGACUCAAUUCUAUCAAGGUAGAAGGACAGGCAUCUCUUUACGUUCAGAUUAUGCCGUCUUACUUCCUGAUCGAAGGUAGGAUCUUGGAGGAAGGAAGGUAAUUCGUUAUCCUGCGAUAAGUAAAAAUCAGAAAGGGUGACUCUGUCUUGGAGAAAGGUUAGUUUAGGGGAGCUAGUGGCACCACCUCUGCUUGAUAUUCUUUUGAUUUUCUGGGAAACAGAUAUGUUGAAGUUCCACUUCCUCGAAAAAGCUUCGGAGAAGACCGCUGUUUUGUCUGGGCCCCAGGACACAAAAGUUGUUCUUGCUGGAAGCCAUCAGGUCUAAGGAAAAUGGACCUCAUUUUGCUUGGAGUAGACGGAACACCGUCUGGUGUAGUUCCCAUUCUCCCGGCACCAUGCAGGAGUGACUCAGUUUGUCUGCCAGCGAGUUGAGAAUGCUCAUAACAUAUACCACCUUCAGUUCUAACAGGUGACGUUCUGCCCAGGAGUACAUAAGAGUGGUCAAGGUUAUCUUGUUCCGCCUUGCUUUUUGAUGUACAUUACCGCUGUCAUGUUGUCGGACUUGAUCCGUACUGCCUUUCCCUGGACUUUAGAAGGCUCAAGUGGAUGGCUUUUAUUUUCUUCCAGUUUGAAGAUUUGAAUACAUGUUCCUGUUGCCUGGUUCCCUGUGUCCCGAGAUCUCCUAGGUGGGCACCCCAACCUCUCUUGCUGGCGUCCGUUGUCAUAGUUAUCCAUUCUUUUGAAAGGAGACAUAUUGGUUGAAGAAGGUUGUCUUUGUGUAGCCACCACUUGACUUCCGGGCUCAGUCUGAUGAGUUGGUUCGGAUUUGAGUAAUCAUGGUCCCAUUUAGAGAGGAAAUCUAUCUGGAGAGCUCUGGAGUGAAUUUGAGCCCAUUUUACGCAUUCUGAGGUGUGUAAAACUUGCAGUUGUCAUGGGGAACCCUGGUGAGUUAGAGAACAGAUCUCCUGAUGUCCGGGACUUUCCUGAUUGGGAGACUAAUGGAAAGCGUCCUUAUCAGGAAUCCCAAAAAUUCCAAUUCUUGAGUAGGCUGUGUGUGGCUCUUUUCCCAAUUGAUUAUCCAGCCCAGGCUUUGCAUGUAGGAUGUAGUCUUCCAGAGGUGUGAUGUUAGAAGAUCCCUGGAGGGAGCUAUGAUAAGGAGAUUGUCUAGGUAGGCGAAUAUCUGUAUGCCCAUCAAUCUGAGGUUGGCUACCACAGGAGCCAGAAUCUUCGUAAAGAUUCUUGGUGCCGUGGCAAGUCUGAAGGGGAAUGCUCGGUACUGGAAUUGUUGGUUUAGAAUUUUGAAACUGAGAUACUUCCUGUGUAGGUUUCUUACUGGUACAUGUAGGUAAGCAUCCUUCAGGUCUAGUUUCAGUAGCCAGUCUCCUUGUUUUAAGCAUUGUGAGAUAGACUUCAAAGUCUCCAUCCUGAAGGAAGGGACAUGAAGGUUGCGGUUGAGCUUCUGUAGAUUUAGGAUCACCCUGAACUCUCCAUUUGGGUUUCCAUUGCCUGGAGAAAGGUCUGCCUGGUUUGUAUUGUUUUGCAUCUUUUAGAGUGGGUCUAGAGGUGGAGGUCUGCCUCUGAAAGUUUUCCCAUCUCUUUUUUCCUGAGGCGGAAAAGACGAUUUUCCUGCUGACGCUUUGGAUAUAAUCUUAUCCAAUCCAGGGCCAAACAAGAGGUUUCCCUUAAAGGGUAAUGAACACAGGUUAUGUUUGGAUUUGGGGGUAAGCGCUCCAAUGUCUGAGCCAUAGUCCCCUCCUUGCAGAAACUGACAGGCCCAUGGAUUUCCCAGCUAGCUUGACUAAAUCCAUGGAUUCUGCAACAAUCAUUUGCUACUUUGAUGUCUUGUAGCAUGUGUGGGAAUUGCCUCUAUCUUUACCUCUUUUGACCUCCUCUUAUAGUUCCUGUAACCAGAUAUUAUUGGCUCUGGUAACUGAAGUGAUUGCUAUUGCUGCUUUGAAGGUAGCUCCUCUGGCCACAUAUGCUCUUUUUUUAAGGAGGCAUCCUGCCUUCUCUCCAUUGGAUCAACUGGGAGUGUGGUCCUUCUGGCCACUCGAGCGAUUGUGGCGUCUACUUUGGGAGCGAAGUCCCAUGUUUUAGACAGUUCAGACUGAAAGGGAAACAUUUUCUUGAACCUUCUGGAGAUCAUGAAUUUUUUGUCCGGAUUUUCCCAUUCUGAAUCAACAGUUUUCUUGAUCAGUUCAUGAAUAGGGAAUAGAUGAUUCUUUUUAGACACAGCUUUAAACAUCUCAUCCCUUUUUAUGGGUGACUUAGUUUUGUAAGGUACAAAGAGGUUGAAAUGAAAUGGGUAUUUUUUAACUUUGAGUUUCAACCACACUCUUCAAAGCAAACUUGUUCAGUGUGAUACAUGUGGAAAGUAACACGAUUAAAACAUAAUCUUUACUGACAACGUGCUAAAAUGAGGAAUGCUCAUAAGCCACACACUCACUGCAAUGACCAACUGUCUGCAGUACUGGACACUGAACUAGUUUGCUUUGAAGUGUGUGGUUGAAACUGAAAGUUAAAAAAUACCCAUUUCAUUUCAACCUCUUUGUACCUUAGUUACUUAUUUACAAACUUGCGGUGUGUAUACAUGUGACCCUUAAUUUAAAUAUAAAUAUAUCAAUAGCUCCUUUUCCAAGUGACUUAGUUUUGUCUUCCAGAUCCAGAGUUUUGCUUGAGGCCUUUAUUAAAGGUUCCACUAAGUCCAGAUUGAAGGCGGACUCUUCUGUAGUAGAACUGUCUGAAGAAAGUUCUGAGCUGACCUACAUAUCCAUGGGACUAGACCGGUCAUGAGUAGAAGAUCUAGGUUCAAGGUUGAUGUGGAUUAGUGUUUUUAAGAACAUUAUCGGUGACUUUUAAAACCAUGUCUGCCAUUGAUUUGUUGAAAGAGUCUUUCAUCUAAGACAUGAAUUCUUCAAAUUGAGCCACAUUCCCAGUCUCGAAGGCAGUGAGCACAGUGGUCUCCAUCUGGCAAGGCUGGAUCUUUACAAGAGAUGCAUUCUUUUCUGGUACAUUUUCUCCUGUGACCCUCUCUUGGUGAAUACUGUUCCAGUUUGCAUAAAAAAAUUCCCUGUAUCCAGUUGAGUUUCAAAUGUCCAUUCUUAUGCCUCUCAUUAUAACUCACCACCUUGAGCCCGAAUGAGAGCUUCUUGAACUCAUGAUAGCUGUUAAGACUGACCCUGGAAGAGAGUAACAGGAACAGCUAACCAGGUAAUUCACUCCUUUAAGUGGGCUAAACUUGAACAGCAGAGGGUGUGUACCCUCUGAAAUGCACAAAAGCACACACUCCAGAUUUGUCUUACCAGUCUGGCGGCUUGUAGGUGGAUAAAUAGGCGCUGCAUUUGAAUUUUCGUGGCAAAAACAACUUUUUUCACAUUGUUCAGAUUAAUUUCUGCCGGGCGUCUGACUUGACGUGCAUCUGCGUUGGAGCCAUUCGGCGCAUGUGCACCAAUGACUAAUCUCUGUGCACGCCGGCACCAUGUUGAAAGUGGGAACACUUUGGCGUCUUAUUGCGCAUGCGCCGGUAUACGGCAUUGUGGCUGACUGCACCGAGGCACACUUUGGCCAUAAGCCUCAGCUCAGGAGCUUCAGCAGAAGAGAAGCCAUCUGCUGGACUUUAGGGGGGAGCGACAGGAGGA